ACCCUGCUGCGCAUUUUUCGAGCAGGUGGUGGCUGUGCUGCAUGUGGGGAAGUUUUGCGCGGUCACUUUUUAAUUCAGCUGCUAGCCAAGUCUAUGACGCUACAAGCGGGCGCUUUAAGGAUGUUAAAGACGGCAGCUCUCGGCAGUGUCAAGUUUAGCAGAGUUUAGUUCAACGCCGCUUGUUCUGCCUCUCAUUCUACUGAGUAGCUUUGCGCUGCUCAGUCGCUUUGGACUACAGUACUGUCAUGAGACAGUAAAGCAAGUGGGAGGACAAGAAGGACGAGCGUCGGCUUUUUCUAUCAGUAGUUAUUUUUUCUUCUCACCAUUUGAUCCAGAAUCAUUUAGUUAUGGCUUUGGCAAAAUUUAGCAAAAUUUUGCGUCUCUCAAGUUUUGAGAAAAGAAGGUCGAAGCAGUACGAACACGUGCAUAGAGACUUGAACCCCAACGAUAUCUGGGAGAUCAUCGGGGAGUUGGGAGACGGGGCUUUCGGCAAAGUGUACAAGGCGAAGAACAAGGAGACGGGCAUUUUGGCAGCUGCAAAGGUGAUUGAGACCAAGAGCGAGGAAGAGUUGGAAGAUUACAUGGUUGAAAUUGACAUCCUAGCCUCCUGUGACCACAAGUACAUUGUGAAACUCCUAGAUGCUUUUUACCAUGAGAACAAGCUGUGGAUCAUGAUUGAAUUUUGCCCUGGGGGAGCAGUGGAUGCCAUUAUGCUUGAGCUGGACAAGGCAUUGACAGAACCACAGAUCCAGGUUAUUUGCCGUCAGAUGUUGGAAGCCCUGUCUUAUCUUCACAGCAUGAAAAUCAUUCAUCGGGAUCUGAAGGCUGGCAAUAUUCUGCUGACUUAUGAGGGUGAUAUUAAGCUGGCGGACUUUGGUGUAUCUGCAAAAAACAAUCAGACCCUACAGAGAAGAGAUUCCUUCAUUGGGACACCUUACUGGAUGGCUCCUGAAGUGGUAAUGUGUGAGACUACUAAGGAUACUCCAUACGAUUACAAGGCAGAUAUUUGGUCACUGGGAAUCACCCUUAUUGAAAUGGCUCAAAUUGAACCACCACACCAUGAGCUAAAUCCCAUGAGAGUCUUGUUAAAAAUUGCCAAAUCUGAUCCUCCGACUUUAGAGCAGCCUUCUAAAUGGUCACAGGAAUUCAAGGCUUUCCUUAAGAAGUCCCUGGACAAGAAUCCUGAGUCUCGGCCAAGUACAGCAGAGCUACUGGAGCAUCCCUUUGUGAGUCAAGUGAACACAAACAAGCCCCUGAGAGAACUGGUAGCAGAGGCAAAGGCUGAAGUUAUGGAAGAAAUUGAAGAUACAAGAGAUACAGUGGAUGGUAACACUUCGCCCACAGAUGCCAAAGAUCCAUCUGAGCUUAGUCAGACAUGUUUUGAAGGCGAUCCACCAUCAGAAACACACCUGAACAACAAAUUAAAUGGUGUCAAGAUUUCUGACAAUCCUCCAUCCAAGGACCCAUCUGAUCGAAUUUCAGAUGAAGGACUGGGCAGCAGUGACUCUGACAAAACGGAGAGUGAGAAGUCCUUAAAGACCAGCAGCUCAGACUCUGGAAACGAAGAUGGUAAAACCACUCCAACCAAUGAGCCGCUUUCAAGGCCACCAUCUGAGGAAGCACCUCCCUUGUCUACCAUGAAUAAAAAGGAGCCUUGCAAAGACUCACUUUCAGAGAGUCCAACUAAUAAGCCUGAGGACCAAGUGGAUGGAAGUUCAGAGCAAGGAUAUGCAGAAAACAGGAAUUCAAUGGCUGACAUGUCUCUUGAUAGGUCAAAUCGUUAUUCGGACUGUGGUAGCAUGUCUGCUUCAGAGAGUAUGGAUCUUAGCCUGAACUUGUCAGGAGACAUUUCUAUCAACAAGGAAACUGGAUCAAUUUCCUUAAGGAACUCCAGACUUAUCAACAAGACCCUUAAACGUACAAGAAGGUUUGUGGUGGAUGGAGUGGAGGUCAGUGUCACCACUUCAAAGAUCAUUGGGGAUGAUGAUAAGAAGGAUGAGGAAAUGAGAUUCCUCAGGCGGCAAGAGUUACGUGAGCUGCGUCUUUUACAAAAAGAGGAACACCGUGCCCAAGCUCUACUUAAUGCCAAGCUGGACCAGCAGAGAGAGCAAAUGCUGCGCCGCUUUGACCAGGAAAUGAAUGCCAAGAAAAAAUUCUACGAUACAGAACUAGAAAACCUAGAGAAACAGCAGAAACAAAUGAUUGAAAAAAUGGAGCAAGAGCAUGCAGUAAAGCAGCGGGACGAGACUAAGAGAAUUCGUGCUGAGCAAGACAAAGAAUACCACAAAUUUCUGGAUCAACUAAAGCACAGAAAGAAAGAGAUGAAAAGUGAAAUUGAGAAACUACCUCGACAGCAAAGGAAAGACACAAUGAAACAGAAGCUGAAUGAUUUUACUUUAUCAAAGCAGUUACAGGAGGAAGAGUUUCUGACAGCUCAGAAAGUUCACCUGGAUCAGACGCUGAAGAAGAUCAUAAGUGACAACAGGCACGAGAUCUCGGAAACGGAGUCUGAAUGCCUUAACCGGAAACACCAGUUGAUUAGAGAUCGUGAGGCUACAAUGUGGGAUCUGGAAGAACGCAACUUGCAAGAGAAACAUCAACUUAUGAAGCAGCAGUUGAAAGACCAGUACUUUCUUCAGAGACAUCAACUGGUUAAGAAACAUGAGAAGGAACUUGAACAGAUGCAGUGUUACAAUCAGAGAAUGAUUGAACAACUGAAGGUUAGGCAGCAGCAGGAAAAAGCACGUCUCCCCAAGAUCCAGAGGAGCGAAGCAAAGACAAGAAUGGCAAUGUACAAAAAAAGUCUGAGGAUUAACUCCACUGGGAGUGCAGCAGAGGACAAAGAAAAGAUCAAACAGUUUCAACAGCAAGAGGAGAAGAGACAGAAAUCAGAGAGAGGUCAACAGCAGCAAAAACAUGAAAAUCAGAUGAAAGACAUGAUAGUACAGUGUGAGAGCAAUUUCAGGGAACUCCAGCAGAUGCAGAAUGAAAAGUGUCAUCUCUUAGUUGAACAUGAGACACAAAAGCUUAAAGCCCUGGAUGAGGAACACAAUCAACAGUUAAAAGAAUGGAGAGACCAACUCAGGCCCCGCAAAAAGGCUUUGGAGGAUGACUUAAACCAGAAGAAAAAAGAACAGGAGCUAUUCUUCAAGAUGAGUGAAGAGUCUGAAUACCAUAGCCCAACUUCCCCUAACAAACUUGCCAGAUUCUUCCCUUUCACUAAUUCAGUGGACCUUUCAACUACCUAAGAGCUAAGACAGAAGUCAACCAUGGAGAUUUUAGGGACCAGUGUGAGAGAGCGUUUUGCCAACACUCUGGCAUGGGAACAGAACUUCUUGACAUAAAGAAACAAGACAUCACCACUAGCAUGAAAUACUGAUACAACUCUAUCAGCAACUGUUGAAAGCUUUUGUUUCCCAAAGGGUUUUAUUUGUUGGAGGGAUUAGGUGUGGUGUAAGGUGUAAUAUUAUUGUAAAAAUAAGGUAUUGCUCUUACCUUACAGAAAUUCCAGGCAGUGCUACAGAAUGCAGUUUGGACUUGCUCCACAUGCUUUGUAUUGCUGCUGCUGCUGCAUUUUGCACAUAGCAUUUAACAUUUUAGGCAGCAUACUGGAUAAGGGUACUAGAAUAUAAAAGUGUUGGAUAUACACAAUGUGAACAAAUGAAAAGGUUUGUUUAAUAAGGAGUCAUACUGGGUUCUUCACCGAGUUUAUUUCUCAAUGAUUUGAUUGCCAUAGACCCAAAGUUAAAAUAUGUAAGCUUCAGCAGGAUUUUCUUGGACAGAAAAGGGAGAUUUCAGCACUUUAUCUUCAUUUAAUGAGCCAGAUUGUGCCAAAAAGUUACAGUAUGCCUAAAUAAUAUAUCCAUAAAGUAAGUGUAUUGUAUUAGAAAAAUUUGUACUAUUCUACUGAAUAUAAGAAAAAGACACUGUUUUUGUCAAGUUGAGAAAACAUGCAGGUUAUAGUAUUGAUACUAGGCUGCUUACGUUUGUCACCACACAUCUUUGCUUUAACAUAAUGUAAUGUCCUGUUGUUCUUUUCUUGAUGAUUGUUUAAUAGUUGAAGCCAAUGGUCUUGCCACUUUCUGUUUUUGCCAGUAGAUGGUUUGACAUAAACCAUGUCUUUAAAGAAGUGUUUCUUUCAGAUGUUUAAUGCUCAGGUAAACUAAUUCUAAUAUGUUUAUCAAAGGGAAUUUAUUUAAAAAUUAUUUAAUUUAGCUGUUAAGUUGCUAAAGUUGAACAAAGUAUACUGUAAAAUGUUUUCCUGUACACUGGAUGUGAAAAGUGUUAAAGUAUAUUUU